GGAAAGCGGCCGCCUGGAGGCGAGCGGAAGCGAUGGAGCCGGCCAAGAUGGCGUCUCCCAAGAGCGCGCCCAAAGACGCGCAGGUGAUGGCGCAGAUCCUGAAGGACAUGGGCAUCACGGAGUACGAGCCGCGCGUCAUCAACCAGAUGCUGGAGUUCGCCUACAGGUAUGUGACUACGAUUCUGGAAGAUGCAAAAAUUUACUCGAGCCACGCAAAGAAAUCCAGCGUCGAUGCAGAUGACGUGAGGUUGGCGAUCCAGUGUCGAACGGACCAGUCGUUCACAUCUCCACCUCCGAGAGACUUCUUGUUAGAUAUCGCGAGGCAGAAAAACCAGACGCCGUUGCCGUUGAUAAAGCCUUAUUCUGGACCCAGGCUUCCGCCUGACAGAUACUGCUUGACAGCUCCCAACUACAGGCUCAAGUCCUUGCAGAAGAAGGUCUCUUCCUCUGCAGGGAGAAUAACGGUCCCUCGCCUGAGCGUUGGUGCUGUGAGCAGCAGGCCCAGCACUCCUACUCUAGGUACACCCUCAGCACAAACAGUGUCCGUCUCAACAAAAGUCGGCACUCCGGUGUCGCUGACCGGUCAGAGGUUCACCGUGCAGAUCCCCUCUUCUCAGGCAGCAGUCAAGUCAGCCACACCUACUACUCCAACAGUUCAGAAUGUUCUAAUUAAUCCUUCAUUAAUUGGACCAAAGAACAUUCUUAUUACUACAAACAUGGUAUCAUCACAGAAUACAUCUAAUGACUCAAACCCCUUGAAAAGGAAGCAUGAAGAUGACGAUGACUAUGAUAACUUGUGACGAGACUCUGCUCCCCUUCUGUUACUCAGUGAUUCGUGUCGGGUCUGAUAAGGUUUUUGCCCAGAGUUCUUUGUAAAUGGUGUGAGAGCGUGUAAAUACUCUGUUUGUGUGCGGUUGGGUGUGGAGUGAGAGAGAGAGAAAAGCACGGUUAACCUCUUACUGUGGCCCGUAAUGUCCUUCAAACCUCGGCAGCAGCGGUGAGUGCUGGUCACUGGUACGUGGGAGGACCUCAACACCCACACCAGUCCCUGCAGCUCUAACUCCCAAGUUGGUUGAGGAGUUAAAAGCCACCAUUUGUUCUUUAUUUAUUUCCAAAGAGCUGCACCGCUUUCCCUUGUCGCUUCCCUAAGCUUCUGCUUGGAUGUGUAUUAAAUAAACGUCACUGUCACCCUGCCGCUGACGUGAAGCCUCGGGCACCCACAGGUGCGUCUGCAGUGUAUGGAGAUCCCAGGUCCACCAUACGAAAAGACUGAGUAAAUUUAGUGCAUUUUUGUGUAUUAAACAAUAAACAAAGUGGCGUGUGUUUUUAA